AGAAGGUUUAAAAAGGUACAGGGCCACCCUUAAGAUUCAUAGGCUCUGAAAAUGAGGACCAUCAUCGGAGUUUUUCUUUGCGUGCUGGCCUUCGUCUCUUGUACAUCAGGUCAAAUGCCUGGUGGGAGAGGAGGGGAUCUUUCGCCCCAGAUGCUAACAGAGAUGAAGGAAACCAACAAAGCACUGAGAGAAAUCAGAGAACUGUUAAAACAACAGAUCAAAGAGAUCACCUUUUUGAAGAACACCGUGAUGGAGUGUGAUGCUUGUGGCUUGGACACCAGAGUGAGGGGCCCUCCAAUCAAUGUGACCCUAUUUAACUACUGUUCACCGAAUCCAUGCUUCCCGGGGGUCACCUGCACCACCACACUGACCAGCUUCCAUUGUGGGUCUUGCCCUCUGGGUUACACAGGCAAUGGGACUCACUGCACCGACAUUAAUGAGUGCACAGCCAACCCCUGCUUCCCCAGAGUCCGCUGCGUCAAUACGGCCCCUGGUUUCCACUGCGAAUCCUGUCCUCCUGGCUUCAGAGGGCCAGGCCUCAGAGGAGUCGGUUUGGCCUCUGCCAGGGCCAAGAAACAGGUCUGUACUGAUGUCAACGAAUGCGAGGAAGGAACUGCCAGACUCUGCGUGCCAAAGUCCGUCUGCAUUAACACCCUGGGCUCCUACAAAUGUGGGGCGUGCAAGAGUGGCUUUGAAGGCAAUCAGAUUUCUGGCUGCCGGAUCAAGACCAAGCGCCGUUGCCCCAACGGUCAACCCAGCCCUUGUCACGAGAAAGCAGAGUGCACUGUCGAACGGGAUGGGGCUCUCCUCUGCAAGUGCAUCGUCGGGUGGGCUGGAAAUGGCUACAUCUGUGGAAGAGAUACAGACAUUGAUGGGUUUCCAGAUGAGAAGCUUCAUUGCAAUGAUGAAAAGUGUCAGAAGGAUAACUGUGUGACGGUUCCCAACUCCGGCCAAGAAGAUGCUGACAGGGACGGGAUCGGCGAUGCCUGCGACGAUGAUGCUGAUGGAGAUGGGAUAAACAACUCAGAGGACAACUGUGUGUUUGUGCCCAAUGCGAACCAGCAAAACGCAGACCAAGACAACUUCGGGGAUGCUUGCGACAACUGCCGAAAUAUCAAGAACAACGACCAAUGGGACAGUGAUGGCGACGGAUGGGGAGAUCUGUGUGACAACGACAUGGAUGGGGACCAAAUCAAAAAUAUCCUGGACAACUGUGUGAGGAUCCCUAACAAAGACCAAAAGGACACCGAUGGGGAUGGAGUUGGAGAUGUCUGUGACAGCUGCCCCUUCAUCAGUAAUCCAGAUCAGAAAGAUACUGACCACGAUCUUGUUGGGGAUCCGUGUGACACCAACCAGGACAAAGAUGGAGAUGGACACCAGGAUUCCCGUGACAAUUGUCCUUCAGUGCCCAACAGCUCCCAGCUGGACUCCGACAAGGAUGGGCUUGGCGAUGAGUGUGAUGAUGAUGAUGAUGACGAUGGCAUCCCAGAUCACAAACCCCCAGGGCCUGACAACUGCCGUUUGGUCCCCAAUCCUGGCCAGCAGGACACAAAUCGAGAUGGUGUUGGAGAUGCUUGUCAGGAUGACUUUGAUAAGGACAAGGUAAUUGACCAGAUUGACGUUUGCCCUGAAAAUGCUCAGGUGACGCUGACUGACUUCCGGGCCUUUCAGACCGUUGUGUUGGAUCCCGAAGGUGAUGCCCAGAUAGACCCCAACUGGAUUGUCCUCAACCAGGGCAUGGAAAUUGUGCAGACCAUGAACAGUGACCCAGGUUUGGCUGUGGGGUACACUGCGUUCAAUGGGGUGGACUUCGAAGGCACCUUCCAUGUGAACACGGUCACGGAUGACGACUAUGCAGGGUUCAUCUUUGGCUACCAGGAUAGCGCCAGCUUCUAUGUGGUGAUGUGGAAGCAGAUGGAACAAACCUACUGGCAGGCCAAUCCUUUCCGGGCUGUGGCAGAACCUGGCAUCCAACUCAAGGCAGUGAAAUCCAAGACCGGGCCUGGAGAAUAUCUACGUAACUCACUGUGGCACACAGGGGACACAGCUGACCAGGUCAAGUUGUUGUGGAAAGACCCCCGGAACGUCGGCUGGAAAGAUAAGACUUCCUACCGCUGGUUCUUACAGCACCGGCCCCAGGUGGGCUACAUCCGGACUCGGUUCUAUGAGGGAUCUGAGGUGGUGGCUGACACUGGCGUUGUCCUCGACACAACCAUGAGGGGGGGCCGUCUGGGGGUCUUCUGCUUCUCCCAGGAAAACAUCAUCUGGUCCAACCUGCGGUAUCGUUGCAAUGACACGAUUCCUGAAGACUACGAGGCUUACCGGAACCAACACGACUACUAAAUGCUACCGCUGCUGGCUGAAAAGAGACUUGUUGCGCCCGCGCCACACACACACUCCUUCUGCUCCCUUCAAGAUAUAGCAAAUGCCAAACUGUCCCCUAAUAAUGUGGCAAGCACCGUGUCCGCCAGCCCCCAUGGCAUCCCCACUGUCCCCCCUCUCCUGGAACCAGCCUCCACCUCACCCGAGACCUUCUUCCACAUGCACCCCGAGAGCCCUCACUGCUCGACACAGUGCAGAAGAGCCGCUCACGCUCUGUGGCAGCUGCUAACAAGUCCACAAGGCUGGACAUAACCAGGGGAGCCUCCUGGAAGGCUGAAGCGUCACCAUCAGAGACGGGGCUUUCUUGGGCAUCCUCCCACUCGGUUGCCUCCUGCCUCUUCUUGGGUCAGCCACUGCUGACGCUGAGGUGGGACAUGGACAGUGACCUGUCAUGGUCUCCUGGAUUUUGCUCCAUGCCCUCUGCAAAAGAAGGGAAGGUGUCCUUUGGGGGUCUCACUCCAUGGAGCCUUCCAUAUUAUAUAUAUAUGGUAGUCUUCGAUUUACGACCAGAAGUUUCAGUGGCUAAGCGAGACAUUUGUUCAGUGACAUUUGCCCCAUUUUACGACAUUUCUUGCCACAGUUGUUAACUGAGUCACUGCACUUGUUAAGUUAGGAUCACAGCUGUGAAGUGAAUCUGGCUUCCCCACUGACUGCAAAGCAUCUAAAUUCUGAUCUCAUGCCCGUGGGGAUGCGGCAACAGUUGUUAAGUGUGAAAAGUGGUCAUAAGUCGCUUUUCUCGGUGCCGUGGCAACUAUGAACGGUCACUGAACAAAUGGUUGUAAGUCGAGGACUACCUGUACAAGCUGAGGCUUCUGUUUGAUUCGGGAAUACACUUCACCACCACUCCAGCCUUCGAUGGGAAUCUGUCUGGUUUGGAAGCCACACAGGCGGCCUUCGAAACGUCCAAGCAGGGAGCAAAGCUUAGUAGUAGAAUGCCAGCUCUGCACAGAGAAGGCCCUGGGUCACACCUCCAGUUAAGAGGACCAGACAGCAAGGGAUGAGCAAGUCACUCUUGGCUUAAGUCCUGGAGAGCAAGUGCUACUUACAUUCAGUGGUUUUUGGGCUAGAGGUGAUCUCGGAUAAGACAGUUUCCUAAAGUAAUACCCUUUACCCAAUAAUCCAGGAUGCUUGGCUCGUUCCACUAGAGCAGGGGUAGGCAACCUUGGCUCUUUUAUGACGCGUGGACUUCAACUCCCAGAAUUCCUGAGUCAGCCAUGCUGAGGGGAAAGGGAGAGGUUUCCAAGCUGGCUAUGCUGGCUCAGGAA